AUGUCCUGGUUUUCCAGCCCGGUGUACAGCCGAUACUGGCAGCACUAUCGGCAGGCCAUGGCGUGGCAUCAGAGGCACAGGCGCGCCUACAGAAAGGCCUUGGAGGCUGCCUACGGCCCCUGCUGCUACCAGGAGGAGGGGCCCGGUGACCGGCCUCGCUAUGCUGACUGGAGCAACAGCGAAGACGAGGCGGACGAUGCAGAGGAAAGUAGCUCGGAAAGCGAGAUUGAGUGCGAUGUGAGCAACAUGGAGAUCAGCGAGGAGCUCCGGCAGUACUUCGCCCAGACUGAGCGACACAGGGAGGAGCUCAAGAAGCAGCAGCAGAUGGAGGCGGAGCAGCAGGGCAGCUACGUGCCGGCCGAUCAGGACCUACACAGCUUCUCGUUGCGGAGCAGUGUCGCCCCUCCCUUGGAGCGACCCGGCGAAAGACGCACGGCCGAGAUGAAGAAGCUGUACGGUGGGGAUGCGGCCAAGAUCAUGGCCAUGGAGGCGGCGAU